AUGAAGACCGAGGAAAAAAAGCUGACAGAGUUCUCGACCCUCGGUAAAGUAGCUGCUCAUGUUCCUGACCUCAUUGUGUAUGGUGAUUUCUCUCAGGAAGUGCCUUUCAUCGAGAGCUUUGAUGGUGUUCUGCUCUUUGUAGACAUUUCAGGUUUCACAGCCCUGACUGAAAAGUUCAGCAUGAACACCAACCUGGACCGUGGUGCUGAUGAGUUGACACAAGCCCUCAAUCACUAUGUAGGUGACAUUGUGGAGGAGGUGCUGGUUUUUGGAGGAGAUGUCUUGAAAUUUGCAGGGGAUGCGCUGCUGGCUCUCUGGAAGGUGGAGCGUUGCCAUAUAAAUGAUAUCAUCACUCUGGCACUGAAAUGUAGUGUCAGCAUCCAGCAAGAGUAUGGUGUCCGCGAUACUGAAGUGGGACUGGAGCUACGAGUGAAGAUAGGACUAUCUGCAGGUCACAUCUCAAAGGUGGUUGUUGGAGACCAUAGGCACCAGUAUUUCCUGGUAAUUGGCCGGGCGGUGGAUGAAGUGCGGUUGGCCCAAAACUUAGCAAAAGCAAGUGAAAUUAUCCUGUCACCAAAUUGCUGGGAGCUCUGUGACCGGAACUUAAUUGAGGUGGAAAGAAUCCAAGACGAACGAGCUGUCAAGUUUAGAUACAUUAGGAAUGUCCCUGAAUUUGAUACUGAGGAUUUCUUUGAGAGAUGCACACAGUACCUGAAACAAAACCGCAUCUCUGGAGCUUUUGGAAUCUUGAGAAAUGCAUCUAUAUUGGCUAAUGACGAAGAACUUGAGAAACACUUGAGAAAAUACGUGAUGAAGAACAUCCUGAGAAAGAUUGAUGACAACCAGCCGCUGGAAUACUUAUCAGAGCUUCGUCCUGUUACCAUCGUUUUUGUGAAUUUGCAGUUUGAUGACAGUGCCAACACUCACCACCUGUGUAAGGCUAUCCAAGAUGCCAACACUAACAUCACAGGAAUCAUAGACCCCCUCAGUGGCAAGAUUAACAAGGUCUUCAUGUUUGACAAAGGUUGCACUUUACUUUGCAUCUUUGGCCUCCCUGGGGAUAAACAAGCUGACGAAAGCACGAACGCUCUUGACAGUGCCCAUAAAAUCCAUGCUUUCUGUUCUACAUCACUCAUGAAAGUAAAGAUUGUCUCCAUUGGGGUCACCAGUGGGCCGGUUUUUUGUGGAGUAGUUGGCCAUCGUGUGAGACAUGAAUACACAGUCAUUGGCCGGAAAGUGAACCUUGCUGCCCGUAUGAUGAUGUCUUAUCCAGGAUUAGUGACCUGUGAUGCAGUCACCUGUUCCAAAUCCAAGCUGCCGCUCUAUUUCUUUGAAGAGCUCCCAUUAACUGAGAUGAAAGGUGUUCUGAACCCUGGGACAGUCUAUCAAUUCCUUGGUAUCUCUGAGAAAACAAUGAUUUACAAAGCAUAUUUGACCAAGGAAAGAUCAGAAUAUUACCCUUUACUAGGUCGCAAGAAAGAGACUGACAUCUUUGAAAGCUUACUGGAUGAUUUUAAACAUUCUAAAAUAAGCCAUGUCAUAAUGUAUGAAGGUCUUAUGGGAUAUGGAAAAAGCCAACUAAUGGCUGAAAUUGCCUUCUUAGGGCAGGCUACUGGCCAAAAGGUUGUAGCAAUGGAGCUUGCAAAGAUAAAUGUGUGGCAGAAUUUUUUUACUAUCCGGACACUCAUGGCUAUGUUCCUGGGGAUUGAUACCUGUAAAACCUAUGAUGCGAGACAGUACAUCCUUGUGAACAAACUUCGUGGCGUAAUAGAGGAUCAGGUUUUUUGCCUUCUCAACAAUCUCUUUCAUGUUAAGUUUCCCACAUCAGAAGUCGUUUCCAAACUGGACAAUGACAAAAAGAAUGAAGAGGUGGAAAAAAUUCUUAAAAAGAUUCUAGAGAAUGCAGUGGAAAAGGAAGUCCUCAUUUUUGUAAUUGAUGAAGCACAGUUCAUUGAUUCAGCCUCCUGGGAUUUCCUGGAUAACUUAUUAAAGAAAGUUGCCGUCUUUGUUGUCAUGUCUUUGUCUCCUGUCAACCGCAAGGGACGACUGCCUUGCUCUACUGCAGCGCAAAUCAUGAGCAGUCCAAACACCACCUAUAUUCAACUACGAGAGUUAACUCCUUCAGUAAUUAUUCAGAAGGCCUGCCAGGACCUUGGGGUGGUCAGUAUCACCAGGGAGCUUGAAACAUUCUUAAUACAAAGAAGCCACGGAAACCCGUUUUAUUGUGAGGAGCUACUCCGGAACCUCCAUUUAAACAAUGUGCUUCGAUUCCACCUGCUGGAGGAAGAUGAAGAAAGGGAGGAUGAGUGGGACAGCCUUUUCACUACUACUGUUCUCAAGACUCAAGACUCCCAAGACCUUGAUAAUGAGAAAGAGUCGUACAUUUGCACAAUCAGGCAGAAUGUGAAGCUGCACAACAUCAUGCUCCCUCCGACAUUAAAAGGGAUUGCCUUAGCUGAGAUAGACAACAUGAACCCUUCAGAGCAGAUGGUGGUGAAAUGUGCAGCUGUCAUUGGUGUGAGCUUCACCACAGAGUUGCUCCUCCAUAUCCUCCCUGAAUGGACAAAGAUGAAGAUGAACCAGACACUGGCAGCUCUUGUGGAGUCACAUAUUUUUAUGUGCCUUAGUGAAAGAAAAGAAUUGAAUGCUACUCAAUCUGAGGAAGCAUUCUCCAAGGAACUGUGCAUUUGCUCCAAAAUUGUGCAAUCCAUGGGUCAAGGAUCAGAUCUUGGAUUGAUUGUUGCUAACAGGCUCAAGCAAGAGGAGACAGUGAUGCACUGCAAAGACAUGAGGUUCUGCACACCACUGUUGCAAGAAGCAGCCUAUGAGCUCUGGCUCAAGAGCCAGAAGAAAGCCUUGCAUCUCAAAUGUGCCAGUUACCUGGAGUGGCAUGCUCACCGAUGCAAGUGCUGUGGGGAAGGAGAUUUCAUUUCUUUCCAUCGCUAUGCAGUGGAUGGCAUGCUGGAAAACAUAGAUUCACAGGACCUUAAAGCUGUGUGUGUCAAGGAGAACACAUUGAAUGAGGCUGCCUUGAUAAUUGUUUCUGAAACACUGAAGAAACUGGAACUUCCUGGUUAUGAAGACACUCUUGCCUCUGCAAACUGGAAGGGGGCUGGAAUUCCAAGAAUUCAAAGACACAUCUCUAAAGAUAGCAUACGGAGACACUUCACCGUGCAAGACUCUUUCAGAGCUGAAAAUACAGAAAUGGAAUUUCUAGAGAGGAUGGAUGAAAUCAUCAUGUUUACUGAGAUGGGAAAGAAAAAGGUCACAACUAUGGGCUCUUGUGAGUGUGAAGAGAUUGUGGAAUCUGUCAUUGUGCCCUUGUCUCAACACUGCUUAGUUAUGGGGAAUUACAGUCGGGCCUUUUAUUACUUGUUGGAAUGUGCAUCUGGUUAUGUACAGUUCUCCAAUAACUACAUGGCCUUUACAUACCUGAAUACAGCAGAAAGCCUGUUGAAAUCUGCAGAAUGCAAGACAAAAACCUUUAGCCAGUUUGAGGAGUCAGUGUUGUACAGCCUGAAGGGAGAGGUCUGUUACAAUAUGGGUCAAAUUACUUUGGCAAAAAAACUGAUAAGGAAGGCUUUGAGUUUAUUGAAGAGAAGUUUCCCAAUGACUAUUGUGGGAGCCUUUUUCAUGUCCAUGGUGGAAACUUCCAAGCAUUUAUCUCAUCAGAAGAAGCAGUCUCUUUGGCAAGUGCGCACUGGCAGGGAGAAGAGACUAGCUGUUCUGUACCAGCAAGGUCGCUGCCUUUCCCUGCUGUGGCAGCUCUUCAGCCAGGAUCUUGCCAGAAACAGCAAGAAGUUCUCCCGCUUGGCAGCUCUCAUGAAGGUCAAUUGUGCAGAGGAGUCUGAAGAUGAGUCCCAGAUUAUCUCCUCUUACAUGGAAUUCUCACUCUGCUGUCAGCUGAUGGGCUUCCAACAUGAAUGGAUGAAAUAUGAAUUAAUGGCCAUCAAACGUAGUUCACACCUUCAAGUUUUUGGAGAAGGGCUAUUAAUAAUAUCUAAACUGGCACUAUCACUGGCCUCCAUGAAGCUUUGCUUGGGGAACCUGCCCUUAGCCAUCCAAUUGGGUUAUCGAGCACAUGAACUAUGUGAGCGGCUGAAGAAACCUAAACUUAACUAUAUUAUUCUCUCUGACCUUUUUACUGCUCUUUUUCUCAGCACCAGAUACCAGGAUUCUGUGCAAGUGCUGAGUUGGCUGGAAGAACUCGUCAUUCGAGAUGAUAAUGUCAUUGGACAAGCCUUCUUCAUUUCUGGCUGCCUGAAUCUCAUGCUUUAUGCUGGUUUUUCAUUUAAGCCAUUUCAGCACUGCCUGGACUUUGUUCUCUCCAAUGAAACAAACUGCAUCCUGAUGUCCCAAAACAACAUCAUGCUUGGAUUGUAUUCUUCUUUGGCCAUUUGGUUUGCCAGACUUCAACUUUGGGAUCAUUUCAAAGUGCCAUUUGAGCAGGCAAGAAGGCUAGUGAGGAGAACAAGUGCUUCACUCUAUGCUAACCAUGGAUUCUGUAAGUUCGUGGAGUGUGAGGCUCUGUUGCUGCGAAAAUAUAUUGGGGAAAUUCCUGACAAGGCUCGUGAAAUACGCAACAAGAUAGCAAAGGAUCUGGAGCAGGUAAUGACUCAGUGUUCCACAAGUCCAGUCUACUAUGCCAGGGUUUACCACAUGAAGGCCUAUGUACAACUGAUGCUUGGGCAUGAUGAACACAGCCAGAACUUUCUUGAGAAGGCAUUCCAGAACAGUGAGAUAUAUGGAAACCAUUUGGAGCGAUCCUGGCUGGAGAUUAGUAAGGAGUGGUGGUUCACAGGAAGAUGCCCCAUGGAAGACUGGUGGUUAAAAAUAGCUCCAGAUUUCCCUGAGUGGAAAGUAGGAACAGCAAGUUCAGAAAUGGGAACAUUCCAUAAAAACAAGUAUUUGCUGAAGAUGCCAGAGUUGGACAUAGACAAUCCAUUCCCAGAAUUUACUCCAGACUACUAGAAUGAAAUAAUUCUGAAGUGUCCAAUGCCAGGAAAUCCCUGCUGCAAGAAAUUCUUGUGCACCAUUUUUCUUCUGCAAACUCUACCACCUAGCCUUUCUGCUCCAUAUUUCCAUCUGUUAUCUAUUUCAGUGGAUACCAUGUAAUUAAAGUCCUUUCAUCCCUUAAAGUCUUGAGGCAGAACACUAGAAUUCCACUUCAGUGAUAUUAAUUUUAUGAAAUCUUUGAACAUUGGUCACAUAUGUUUUCUUGCUUCCUAUACCACAAAACCCCAAAUCCACAUCUACUAGAAUCUGUAUGAGCAGGGAAACAAAUACCCAUUGAUAUUUUAUAGGUUAAGAUUGUACAUCCUCACAUUUUAAAGUGCACUGUACACUGCCAGCCAUAGUGCAAGGGAACUUCAGCGAAGCAUGCUCCUUGCCAUGUGAUGAGGUAAAUAACUUUCAUAAUUUCCACAGGUUGGUGCAUGCUCCCAUAACCACAUCCAUAGCAAAAAAAUCCAUAGCACGAAAAUCAGUGCUAGCUUACUGCGAACUUUGUAAUACACAUUUUGAUGGGGAGAUCAAGGCACUGGGGUAAAAACUAGUGUUCUCAAAGAAACGUUUUAAUGGGUCAGGCAAAAUAAGUCCAAUGAAAAAAUAUUGCUCCAUGCUCCACACAUCCCCAAAAAUGUUGCAGGGUCUGUUCCUUUUGAUAGAGACAUAUGACAUUUUUAAAAUUUGCUUUAUGCAAGUAGA